CCUCUGCUUUCCACCAUCUUGUUUACUCUGAUGUACCGUGCGGAGUCAGCUUGCGCAGCGCAGCCCCCAAGUACAGCAGUUUGUCGUUGGAUGGUUUCCCCUGUCUGGGGGGCUGACACCAGCAGACAUUGGGCGGAUUGCGAGCAAGCACGUCAAAGUGACCGUGUCCGGCAAAAACUCCCUGGCGCCUGGCAAAGAACGCGCGAACAGCUCGGCCCGAUCUAAACGAACGCGUGAAAGCAGCAGUUCUGCCGUCGAACUCACUAUGAACAACGCUCUGAGCCCCAAUGACAAAGACAACAAUCACGCAGACCUCCCCGAGGCUAUGGAUACACAAGAAGGUGACGACCACGCGGCAGUCCAGCAGCAGCCGCCUCCCCCACAGCCACAGCCGCCCCCUUUAGCGGCUGCUCCGCCGCCGCCCCCGGCACCUGUGGCUGCGCCUGACGGGCAGCAGCAGCAGCAGCAACAGCAGCAGCACGCCUUCAACGCCGUGGCUAACUUGGCACAGGCCGGAGCAGACGACGACCCAAUGGGUGGGGGUGGUGGUGGGGGGGGUGGGACACGACCGAUGGAGCCCGCGGAGGAGCCUAUGGAGGAGGAAGAUGAGGCUCGAUCGGAGGCUACAUUUCGCUUCGUUGUCCCUGAGUUCUCUCGCCUCAAGGAGUCCCUGCUCAGCCCACCCACCUAUGUGCGCAACUUGCCGUGGAAAAUCAUGGUGAUGCCACGAACCAACACGGGCAACGACCGGCAGCCGACAAAGAGCCUCGGCUUUUUCCUACAGUGCAACGGCGAGUCCGAAUCCUCGGAAGCCUCCGAAGGCGAAGACAGUAUGCCAACGUGGUCCUGCAACGCCUCUGCCGAGCUGCGUCUAAUUAGUCAGAAGGAGGGCGUCGAAAACUUUGUCAGAAAAAUUCAGCAUCUCUUCUAUGGCAAGGAGAACGACUGGGGUUUCAGCCACUUCAUGACGUGGAAUGACGUCUUGGAUCCAGAGAAGGGGUUUAUCGUGGACGACACCAUCAUCCUCGAAGUCUGGGUGUGCGCCGAUGCUCCACACGGUGUCAGCUGGGACUCCAAGAAACACACGGGAUACGUAGGCCUCAAAAACCAAGGUGCCACCUGCUACAUGAAUUCGUUACUACAGACGCUGUUCUUCACGAACCAGUUACGAAAGGCUGUCUACCAGAUGCCCACCGAGAGCGACGACUCGUCCAAGAGCGUGGCACUGGCGUUGCAGCGGGUGUUCUACGAACUGCAGUUCUCCGACCGACCUGUUGGCACCAAGAAGCUCACAAAGUCCUUUGGGUGGGAAACCUUGGACUCUUUUAUGCAGCACGACGUUCAAGAACUCUGCCGAGUGCUGCUGGACAACAUGGAGAGCAAGAUGAAAGGCACCUGCGUGGAAGGCACGAUCCCACGGCUCUUCGAGGGCAAGAUGAUCUCGUUCAUCAAGUGCAAGCACGUGGACUAUGCGUCUCGGCGCAUGGAGCCCUUCUACGACAUCCAGCUCAACGUCAAGGGCAAGAAGAACAUCCACGAAAGCUUCCAGGACUACUGCGCCACCGAGUCGCUCGACGGGGACAACAAGUACGACGCCGGGGAGUACGGGCUCCAGGAGGCCGAGAAGGGCAUCAUCUUCGCCUGCCUGCCUCCCGUGGUGCACCUACACCUGCUGCGCUUCCAGUACGACCACGUGACGGACAACAACAUCAAGAUCAACGACCGGUUCGAGUUCCCCGAGCGGCUGAACUUGAGCGAGUUCCUCACCGACGGGGGCGCCAACUCGAGCGGGCCGGCCACGUACACGCUACACGCGGUGCUAGUCCACAGCGGGGACAACCACGGGGGCCACUACGUGGUGUUCAUCAACCCUCGCGGCGACGGCCGCUGGUGCAAGUUCGACGACGACGUGGUGUCGCGCUGCACCAAGCAGGAGGCCAUCGACCACAACUUCGGCGGCACCGACGAGGACGUGGCCGUCAGUCGGCACUGUACCAACGCCUACAUGUUGGUGUACAUCCGGGACAGUGCCAUCAAUGAGGUGCUACAACCAGUCACUGAAAACGACAUCCCCGAACAGUUGGUCGAAAGGCUUCAGGAGGAGAAGCGCCAGGAGGCCCUGAGGAGGAAGGAACGAAAUGAGGCCCACCUCUACAUGGGCGUCCAGGUACUGACCGAGGACAGCUUCUCCGGUCACCAGGGCAACGACCUCUACGACCCCGACAAGGCUCAUUACAGGAACUUCAAGGUAAAAAAGCUGGCGACACUGCGAGAGUUGCUGGAGUUGGUAGCGGAACAGAUGGGCUACCCGUUGCAAGGCAUUCGGCCGUGGGCCAUCACGUACCGCUCCAACCAGACCUCUCGCCCCGCUGCCAUCGACCUUGAUGCAGACCUCAACAAGACGGUUAUUGAUCUGUCGGAAAAUACGAACCCAUGGGUGAUCUUCAUGGAAACGAUAGCCCCCGAUCAGAACAUGGACCGGCUGCCGGACUUUGACAAGGAGACAGAUGUUCUGCUCUUUUUCAAAAUGUACGAUCCGCGGCUGAAACAGAUUGCGUACUGCGGCCACGUCUACAUGCCCAUCGUCGCCAAGGCCAAGGAGCUGUUGCCAUUGCUAAACAAGCGAGCAGGCUUCCCAGCUGACACGGAAUUGGUGCUGUAUGAGGAAGUGAAGCCGAACAUAGUGGACCGAAUCGAAGACAUGGAGCUUCCACUGGAAAAGGUUCUGGAGGAACUGAUGGAUGGUGACAUCAUUGUCUUCCAGAAGCUUGACCACCACAUGGACGAGUACGAGCUACCCACAGUCAAAGACUACUUCAGGGACCUCUUCUAUAGGGUUGAAGUGACGUUCUGUGAUAAAAUGAUCCCUAAUGACCCGGGAUUGACAAUGGAGCUCUCACUCAAGAUGAACUACGACCAGAUUGCGCGAGCAGUGGCUCAGCGGUUAGGCACAGACCCUUAUUUAUUACAAUUUUUCAAAGUUCAGAGGCACAACGAAGUCCUCAAUGAAAAUUGCGAUCGUAGAGGUUACCGCGAAGGUCCCGGUAACCCGCUGAGGUGUACAUACGAAGGAACGCUCAAGGACCUGUUAGUGUUCUUCAAGCCAAGGCAACCCAAGAAAAUCUAUUACCAACAGUUGAGCAUACGAAUAAACGAACUGGAGAGCAAAAAGCAGUUCAAGUGCAUUUGGGUCAACAACAAGUUCAAGGAAGAGAAGGAGUUGGUACUGUACCCGAACAAGAAUGGCUGUGUGAGUGAUCUCCUUGAAGAGGCACGCAAGCAGGUCGAGCUCUCCGAGGAUGGUUCGGGGAAGCUCAGGCUGAUGGAGGUGAUCAGCUACAAGAUCUUCUCGAUCCAGCGGGAGGACGUGCCGCUGGACAACCUGAACCAGGCAAACUCCAAAACGUAUCGCAUCGAGGAGAUCCCCCGGGAGGACCUCAUUGUGGCCGACAACGAGAUCCUCAUCCCCUGUGCCCACUUUCAGAAGGUUCAGCGGAGUCGCGACUAUCAAAGCGAUUCGGCCGACGACAUUAUUACUUGUAAACAAGAGAUCUUCUCGACGUUUGGCGUUCCCUUCAUGCUGAAGAUUAAGCACGGAGAACCCUUCGCAAAAGUCAGGGACAGGAUCCAGAAGAAGCUGGACGUUCCUGAGAAAGAGUUCGAAAAGUACAAGUUCGCCAUCGUGGUGAUGGGCCGGGCACAGUUCAUCGAAGACAACGAGUACGUCGUCAACCUGUCAGACUUCAUGGCCCAGGCGCCCCAAGCAACAGCCAUGCACCCGCGGCCAUGGCUGGGCAUUGAGCACGUCAACAAGGCACCGAAGCGGUCUCGCUACAACUACCUCGAGAAGGCCAUCAAGAUCCACAACUGACCGGCACGGGCCUCCAUCUCAACCAGGAGUUGCAGCGGAGACGCCAGGUGCGCUUGAGGACAACACUUGCACGCCACCACCACCACCAUCACAGCCAAGGCUGUUGUCCCCCGGCAUCUGGCAAAAACGGCGACGACGACGACGACGGCAGCAGCGGUGGUGGCAACCGGCAGAAGAAGCAGCGAGCGGUGGCGACGGCGCACGCCACCACUGAGAGAGACGCGCUUUCCGGCGGUGGGGGCGGCGGCCCCGCCGUUUUCCUCCUCUUCCCUUGCCGUCUUUCGCAUCCUCUCUCCCCCUCGGGCACGGCGGCUUCUCCUUUCCCGAAACCGUGGUGACAGAAAGACAGUGCUGCAUCUCCGCGCGUGUGUGUGUGCUACCAAGUACUCUGCGGGCGAGAGCUGGGGGGACGUUUUGUGACUGCAUUGCCGAGGAUUUUUUUUUUUCUCGUUUCACCUGCUCACGGCCAUGCUUUGCAUAUUGCCUCUGCUUUCUCCUCCCCCUUCCCCGAUUUCUGCCCUCUUCCUUCACUGUGUUGCUUUUCUUUUUCCACCCUUUUUUUUUCUGCCUCAAAUAUCCUGACACAUGUCUUCUGGACGCUCUCUCUGUCUCUGCUUUCAUGUGCCAGAUCUCCGGUUUUGUUUUAUGCCAGACCUGUAAAAAAAAAAAUCCAUGCUAUAUUUA